AAACAUCCCAUUGACUCUCAUUGGCUGGGCAGUAGAAAGAGGUGGACUCUCCCUGGGAGCUUGAAGGGAGCUGCCAGAAGCCAGGGUGGUUCCCUGUCCCUGCCCAUUUCAGAGGGCUGCCCUUUAGCUGGUCACUACCAUCUCACAGAGGCUGGAGAAGAUAAGUGGGGCCAGAUCCUGAGAUUCAUAACAUCAGGCUCAGUGAUUCAUUCGCAAGCCUCGGCAUUGCCCAGGCUGGUGGUGACACCAGUAUGCAGAGACUUUGGCAACGAAUUUCAGCUAUCUUUCAGUGGAAGACAGAGUCUGAAAAAACACCACAGGAAAAAUCUGAAGAUAUCUCCAAGUUGAAGACUGUCAGAGGAAUUGUGACCACCCUGUGUACCGACUAUGGCUGGAUUAAUGAAUCUAUCUUUUUCAAUACUGACAUGUUGUGUGUCAAAGUCCCACUGAACACUGGGACAAGAGUCAUUGCUCUCGUGGAAGAAAACGAAACAACUCAUAUCCAAAAAGCAAUCAAGGUGAAAACCAUGACUGACCCUGUUGAUGGUACUGAGCAAUCAGAACUUGACAGAGAACUUUGUAUUAAGUGUGUCACCUCGGUCACACAGGACAGCAUCUAUAUUGACAAGGAAACUUCUUUCCCUGUCCAUCUCUUUUCUGGAGAAUUCAUGCCUUACAAAGGAGACUUGUUGCUGGUUGAGUAUUCCAUGAAGCCAGGCACUUCAAACAUGAACAUCCACACCGUGAGCCCCUUAAGCUCCCAGAAUAUGGAUGAGGUCUGUGUUACCAGUACUGAUGGAAAAACUGGAGUGGUGGAAUCCUGUAUCUUUUUCACUGUGGAUUCCCUCCAGAAGCCUACUGAUUAUACUCCAGGAUUGUAUGACAUCGUGAAUGUGGUUGCUGUGGACAGCAUUCAACCACACUGUUCUUGGAGAGCGGUAUCAAUGACCCCAGUGGAAAUGUAUAUUGACCAAGCCUUGUAAUUCACAAUUAUUUCUAAGGCUCUGGGUUAAUAAAACACAAUGAGCAUGUAAUCCAAA